CAGCAAUUUUUAUCUUACUAACCCUGGUCCAGAAGUUGGAUUUGAACUAAUCAAUCCAAAACGUAUUGUGUUUAUUAGAACCAGUACAGGUGGUAAAUUGGCUAUUGGUAUUGUGUUAUUUCUUUAUGAUACUGGUUUACCAUUACUAUCUGGAAUUCAAACAGGUGGCGGAGAAAGAUUUCGGGAUUCAAUAGUUCUAUUUAGUUAUAAAGCUUCCGAUCCAAGUAAGUACCAAGUACCCAAAUACGCUAUGGAGAAUUUUUACGAAUCUUCAUUAAAGAAACCCACAAAAGUCACUCUCGAAGUCUAUGAUGAAGCUUGCCACUGCUUUUUUGUUUUUCCAUCUGAAAAAAUUACCAAAUUUGCGCUAAAUAGUGCUUAUAAUUUCAUUAAGUUUCAUGCAGCUGCCGAUGAAAGUAUUAAUAACGAGUCAGAAAAUAUCGCUACUUAUGAAAACGGGAAAACCCUUAAUGCAGUUGCAAUUAACCCUAACUGCGAAGUUAGGGAGUUGGAUGCGAAAUAUAUGGAAUGCUUAAAGUUUGAAAAUAUUGGAGUUGUGCCGGACGUGAAUGAACUUGAUUAUGUUGAUAACGUUUAG